AAAACCCGUCAUUUGAAGACCCGUCACCAGACACCAGACGCAGCAGCGCUUUUCUACUUUACACCAAACUCAAUACCCACCAAAUUCUCUCUCUCUCUCUCUCUCUUCUCUCUCACUCAAUUCAUCUCCAUGGAUUCAGACUAUGGCAUUCCCAGAGAGCUCUCUGAUGUUCAGAAAUUCCGAUCCCAAUAUCAACCAGAGCUUCCUCCUUGUCUGCAGGGAGCUACUGUAAGGGUUGAAUUUGGUGAUACAACCACAUCUCUAGAUCCCACAGAUGCCCACACCAUUGGCCGCUACUUUCCACACACUUAUGGUCAGCCUCUGGCUCACUUUCUCAGGGCAACUGCAAAAGUCCCUGGUGCUCAGGUUAUUACUGAGCAUCCGCCUUUUAGGGUGGGAGUUGUGUUUUGUGGGAGACAAUCUCCUGGAGGACACAAUGUCAUAUGGGGUCUCCACAACGCUCUUAAAGUUCACAACCCCAAAAGCACCUUACUUGGGUUUUUGGGUGGUUCUGAAGGUUUAUUUGCACAAAAAACUCUUGAGAUAACAGAUGAAAUUCUUGCAACCUACAAAAAUCAAGGUGGUUAUGAUUUGCUGGGAAGGACAAAAGAUCAAAUUAGAACAGUUGAGCAAGUCAAUGCCACGCUAACCGCAUGCAAGGAUUUGAAAUUGGAUGGUCUUGUCAUUAUUGGAGGUGUGACAUCAAAUACCGAUGCUGCCCAGCUUGCAGAGACAUUUGCUGAAGCAAAAUGCCAGACAAAGGUGGUUGGGGUUCCUGUCACUUUGAAUGGAGAUCUUAAAAACCAGUUUGUGGAAGCUAAUGUUGGUUUUGAUACAAUCUGUAAGGUCAAUUCCCAGCUAAUCAGCAAUGUCUGCACUGAUGCUCUUUCUGCAGAGAAGUAUUAUUAUUUUAUUCGACUCAUGGGCCGGAAGGCGUCACAUGUUGCGUUGGAGUGCACCCUCCAAUCCCACCCAAACUUGGUAAUUCUUGGUGAGGAGGUGGCUGCAUCAAAGCUAACUCUUUUUGACAUUACAACGCAAAUUUGCGAUGCAGUUGAAGCCCGUGCAGCACAAGACAAGAAUCAUGGUGUCAUCCUAUUACCAGAAGGACUUAUUGAAAGCAUUCCUGAAGUGUAUGCCCUCUUGAAGGAAAUUCAUGGUUUGCAUAGGCAAGGAGUUUCUGCUGAUAAAAUUUCUUCUCAACUUUCUCCUUGGGCAUCUGCGUUGUUUGAAUUCUUGCCACCCUUUAUCAAGAAACAGGUGCUCCUUUUGCCUGAAUCAGAUGACUCUGCACAGCUAUCCCAGAUUGAGACAGAGAAACUCGUGGCGCAUCUUGUAGAGGUGGAGAUGAAUAGACGUGUGAAAGAAGGCACAUACAAGGGGAAGAAAUUCAAUGCAAUCUGCCACUUUUUCGGUUAUCAGGCUCGGGGGUCUUUACCAUCAAAAUUCGACUGUGACUAUGCAUAUGUUCUAGGGCACAUCGGCUACCAUAUUCUUGCAGCUGGUUUGAAUGGUUACAUGGCAACUGUAACUAACUUGAGGAAUCCUGUGAAUAAGUGGCGAUGUGGUGCUGCUCCAAUUACAGCAAUGAUGACUGUUAGGCGUUGGUCUCAAAAUCCUGGGACUGCUUCAAUUGGAAAACCUGCUAUUCAUCCAGCUACUGUAGAUUUGAAAGGCAAAGCAUAUGAGCUGUUGAGACAAAAUGCUACAAAAUUCCUGCUCGAUGAUAUCUACAGAAAUCCAGGCCCUCUUCAGUUUGAUGGUCCUGGUGCCGAUUCUAAGGCUGUAACGCUAUGUGUUGAAGACCAGGAUUACAUGGGGCGUAUCAAGAAACUGCAGGAGUAUCUUGACAAGAUUCGGACUAUUGUAAAGCCUGGGUGCUCACAAGAGGUUCUGAAAGCAGCUUUGAGUGUGAUGGCCUCUGUGACAGAAGUUCUUUCCGUUAUGUCCUCAUCUCCUAUCAAUGGCCAAUCGUCCCUUUAAUAGUAAACUUAAUUUCUCUUCUUCAAUCGAACUUCACUGGUGUUGAUGCCUUUUGUACACUGAAUUUUAAAAUUAUUUGGCAUCUUCAUGUCCUUUUUUCCUGGUUAGCAUGCGGAAAUGUAGGUUUGGGAGUGUCAAAUUAUGGGAAUAAUCAGAGUUUGUUUUCCCUUUCGAUGCAACUUUUUUGCGCAAAAUAAUUAUGAGGAUUGUAUUUCAAAUUUUGGGAAGGAUAAAAUGAUGUUUGUGAAUUAGUAAGGUGUCAGGUUCAACUUU